AGGACUUUAAAUCGGAUAUAAUGUAUUUCUUAAAAUUCCUAAUAUUAUUUGGUUUGCUAGGCGUUGCAUAUUGCCAAGAUCCUGGUUCUGUUUAUGGAUUUUGUUCUCAAAUUUACGCGAUGAAUCGGUUCUGCAUGAAUCAAAUAACAGGAUCACAAGCUGUUGGACAAUCUGAUGAUGCCAUGCAGCAGCCUAGAAUUGGAAAAGCCGGCCCAAAGGGUGAAAAGGGAAGUGCCGGAGAUCCUGGUACCGUAAACUACACUGCUAUAGAAGAGAGUAUCGAAAAGAAAAUAGAAGAAACUGAAAAUCGGAUUAACGUGAAGCUUGAAAGAUUGGAGCGGUUACUUGAAGAAGAAAAAAUGGAAAACGAAGAAAGAUAUGACGAGAUAAAAAAUGUUACAGAUGAAAUAACAAAAGAACGGCAACGCCGGAGGAGCAUUUCGGAAUGUGAAAAGGUGUCGCAAGAUGAUGCAAAAUUGUGGGAUGGCCGAGGAGGAGUUUUUGAUAUUUAUCGCAACAAUAAUAAAUACAAAGUUUAUUGCGAUCUUACCACAGAUGGAGGAAAAUGGACGGUGUUUCAACGUCGAGUAGAUGGCACAGAAAGUUUUGAUCGUGGGUGGGAAGAAUAUGCUGAAGGAUUCGGACAUAAAACAGGAGAAUAUUGGCUUGGUCUUGAAACGAUUCAUCAAUUGACCAAGGAUGGAACUUAUGAACUAAGGAUUGAUUUGUCCGACUGGAAUAAUAAUGUCGCUUAUGCAAAAUAUAGUACUUUCAAAAUAAGUGGAAGAGAAGAUAAUUAUAGACUGACUGUUUCUGGAUAUUCGGGGACGGCAAGAGAUGCUCUGAACAUUCAUAACAACAUGCAAUUUUCGGCUCCUGACAAAGAUUUGGAUAUUUGGAGUGAUCAUUGUGCGAAUUAUUUAAGAGGUGGAUGGUGGUUUGUGGAUUGCGAGAAUUCACAUUUGAAUGGAGAAUAUCUUAGAACCAUGCGAUCAACCAAGGCUGGAGCAGCGGGAAUAUUUUGGUAUCAAUGGAAAUCCAGCCAAACAAUGAAGACGUCGGUGAUGAUGCUGAGAAAAAUUUAAAUUUUUGAUUUUCACUUUUUCAUUCCGAAUAAUGCGUUCCUUCCAUGGCUAAAUAUUUUUAUAUAUACAAUAGGUUUUACUAUUAGCAGCAUUAGCGACUGCUUUUGACUUGCUCCAGUUCCAUAUUUGAAUAAAAAUUAUGCCAA